AUGAACCUGAUCUGGACGUGUCUUCAGAAUUCACUUCUCCGUCCUCAGAAGGUGUGUUUAUGUCCAUUCCUGCCAAUACAUCCGCUAAAGGUCUCCACCUGCUUGUAUAUAAUUCAGCAUCCAGCAGAGGAAAGUCGAGUGUUAAGGACGGUACCUUUGCUAGCAGCUUGUCUCCCUCCAGACAAAUGUAAAAUUUUGAUUGGUCGACGUUUUAGUGAAGACAGGUAUCCUGAAUUAGCAACUGUGUGCAGAAAUCCCAAUACUCUGAUUUUGUAUCCUGGAGCUGAAGCAACCAAUUUGGAAGAAGUUGCUGUGAUGUGUUCUAGUCCCUCUGUUAUGAUCAUCAUUGAUGGAACAUGGAAUCAAGCUAAAGAUAUAUUUUACAAAAAUUCUCUCUUCCGGCUUCCCAAGCAG